CAGUGGGGUGUGGUUUAUGGACUUGUCCAUUCUGGCUUUCUGAAUGCUGCAUUACCUUAGCAAUUUUUACUGCAAGUUUUUAUCACUCUCAAAGCUGCAAAGUUUUAUUUUUUUAUUUUUAAACUGAACCAGCAUCUCAUGGAAAUAAGCAACAAGACUGCUAGGGCCAGGCGAUUUGCCUUGCUGCGGUUGCUUGCUUACACCACUUCCCCCCACCACCACUCACAAUGGAGCCUCCCUCUCAUUUCCCCAGAUGGGCCAGAUUGCAAAAUAUUUUGGCUGGUUAGGAUUAUUUUGGGACUUGACCACUUCUCCUGUUUUGCAGUCACCACUCAACAAGAACUUCAGAGUACUAAAGGCAGCUCAGAGAAAAGCAUUUUGCUCAGCCAGGCAAGUGGGAUCUAUCGGAGGUGAAGAGAUUGGGACCCAAAGAUUCAGGUGAAGUCAAUACUCUGGCUCUGAUGGCAGCCCGCUCAGCGCUGCUCCUCCUGCUGGUCUUGCUGGGGCCCUUGCCAGCCCUGACCCAACGGGAAACCCGUCACGAAAAGUUCCGCCGGCAGCACGUUGACUUCCCCAAAACCAGCAGCACGGAUGACCGGCGCUAUUGCAACCUGAUGAUGCAGAGGAGGGGCAUGACCACUACUGCCUGCAAGCCUUCCAACACCUUCAUCCAUGGGGAUUCUGCUGACGUGGACGCCAUCUGCAGUCAUGGAGGGACCUUCUACAAUGAGAAUUACUACGACAGCACCGGCUACUUUGAGGUCACUGCCUGCCGCAUCACUGGGGAUUCCCAGAGGGCUCCCUGUAACUACAGGCCCAGGGCAAGCACCCAACGUGUCCGGGUGGCCUGUGUGGGCGGAGUGCCCAUUCACUUCAAAGGAUAUGCCUAAGUCUGAGAGCAGAGGAAGGAGCAUCUAUGGAAAUACUUACUAGAAUAGUCAGCUUGGGGUUACAUGCUUUCAACCUUUUUAGAAUCCAUCAGAUUCAAAGUUUUCGUUUCCCCUUUUAAUGCAUCUGUGUAAUUCAGCCAGGAUCUUUGUUAUUGCCAAGUAUAAUGCAAUUUCCUCUUCCCCUCUGUUUAUACCCCUCCUUAUUCUGUCAUAUUCCUCAAACUUAUAUCUGAAAAUUCAUACUACUCUUUAGUGGCCAUCAUGCAAUAUAGCAACUUUCUAGCUCUGGCAUUCAUCUACCCUUCAGCACACUAAGACUCAGCCUUUUCCUCUCUCACUGGAAUUGGCCACAUUAUAGACUUAAAUGAUGUAAUCAUCAUUCCCUCUUUCCAUGGAAGUCUGGGAACAGUUGUUAUAUGCAGGGAAGGCCAAAGCAGAUGCAAGAAAAUUAUCAGCACCCGUAUAAUUUGUAGUAAAAAUAUCUCUGAGAUAGCAUAUAAUAUGGGGACACUUUUUUCAACACGGCUUUUCAUAGCUGCCUCUAAUGGUUGAAUGUCAUAGCGUUGGCUUUCCAGGCAACAGAAAAAUCAUAAUCCAAGGAGGAAUGAAGAAAAUUGAAUUUCUUAGAGUAGAUGCCCCAAAUUAAUCCUUCUUCUGUUGUGCUUUGAUAGAUUUGGAAAUUGUAUACAUGAAAAUAAAUUGCAUGGUUUGGUACCUGCUUGGAUGCAGCUGUGUCCUGUGUCUUUGGCCAAAGGUCCACCAUGAUAACCCAAAUAUUGUGCCGUGGAUUGGAUGGAACGUGCUGACAUGAGGAAGGGUUUUCGUCGGUCUGAGACCUGGACCCUGUGACUGACUGGAUGGCCUUCUUUUGCAGCUUCUUUCAAUAAAACCAUUUUGUAUGCAUGUAGAA